CUGGUUCGUUGGGGUGAGGUAGCGCGGAGCUGGGGGGGCCGGCCGGGACCGCCGUGAGGGGCGGGAGGGAGGCACGGCCGGGACCCUGCUGAGCGCCCCCCGCCAUGGCCCUGCCCGAGUGGCACAUCGCCGUGAAGCUGGCCGAGCAGCCGCUGGCCCCCAAAGCCAUCCUGCGCCUGCCGGAGACCGAGCUGGGCGAGUGCCCGCUGGGCGGCUGCAGCAUCUCGCACCUCAAGCAGCUGAUCACGGGCAAGCUGCAGGAAUCCAUGCCGGACCCCGAGCUCAUCGACCUGAUCUACUGUGGCCGGAAGCUGAGGGAUGACCAGACCCUGGAUUUUUAUGGAAUCCAGUCUGGCUCCACUGUCCAUGUCCUGCGCAAGUCCUGGCCUGAGCCUGACCAGAAACCAGAGCCCGUGGAUAAGGUGGCAGCAGUCCGGGAAUUCCGUGUGCUGCACACUGCCCUGCACAGCAGCCCUGCCUACAGAGAUGCUGUCUUCAAGAUGCUGGGAAACAAGGAAUCCCUGGAUCAGAUCAUUGUGGCUACUCCUGGCCUCAGCAGCGACCCCGUGGCUCUGGGAGUUCUGCAGGACAAGGAUCUGUUCUCAGUGUUUGCAGACCCCAGCAUGCUGGACACGCUGAUCCCGGCUCACCCUGCCCUGGUGAACGCCAUCGUGCUGGUGCUGCACUCGGUGGCGGGCAGCACGCCCCUGCCAGCCGCGGACACGUCCUCGCGGGCCAUGGCCUUGGGCUCCUACCGGGACAUGCCAGGUGGCUUUCUCUUUGAGGGGCUGUCUGAUGAUGAAGAUGACUUCCACCAGAGCACGAGGUCCACCCCUUCCAGCAGCACGUCCGGCUCGCGCCCGGCCUCGCUGGGCUACGCGGGGGCGGCGGGGCCGCGGCCCAUCACCCAGAGCGAGCUGGCCACAGCCCUGGCCCUGGCCAGCACCCCCGAGAGCAGCUCCCACACACCCACCCCGGGCACACAGGGUCACUCCUCAGGGACGUCCCCGAUGUCAUCCAGCGUGCAGUCGGGGACACCCAUCACCAACGACCUGUUCAGCCAGGCCCUCCAGCACGCCCUGCAGGCCUCAGGGCAGCCCAGCCUCCAGAUGGGACACUGGGCAGUGGGAAGAGCUGCUGCUUUUUCCUGCUGGGGUUCUCAGCCCAAACCUGUCCUGUUUGCUGUGAGCAGAGCCAGUGGCAGCCCCAGCUGCAGCAGCUGCGAGACAUGGGCAUCCACGACGACGAGCUGAGCCUGCGGGCCCUGCAGGCCACAGGAGGGGACAUCCAGGCUGCCCUGGAGCUCAUCUUUGCUGGGGGGGCCCCCUAAACCUUCUGCUGGACUGGUGAGUUGUGCUGGGGCAGCAGCUGGGCUGGCUCUGCUCUCCUGUGGGGAGCACUGAGGGCAGCUCCAAAUCCUCUCUCCGACCUCCUCAGGACUCCAGCACCAAGCCACCUCUUCCCUUCUCCGUGCUGAGACGUGGCCCCUCCAGUUGUACCAUGUUUUAUCUGUCCCCACCCUCUGCCUGUUGUUUCAUUCCCUGGAUUAAAGGGGCCCUGCUCAGUU